AUGACUACACAACACAGAAGAUAUUAUGGUACUGGUACAGAGGCCUCGGAAACCUCAGGCCCGGCAGGUGUGGGUGAGCUCGCCACACAGGUCGUUAUCAAUAGCUCGGAUAAUGUAAGCUGGAAAUCGGACCAGAAACUAAUGGAUAAAAAAGAUACGGAUAUUGGAAAUAACGGACACUGCUACUUAGCCCCUCUUAGGCUUAGGGGAGGCGGUGAUAACGAAGAUUUGGAAAUGGCAGAUUCCGAUAGCAUAAGUGGUGACAUGGGCGCUGGUGGCAGCCAAAAACGUUGUCCUACCUCACCGGCUGGACUGCCGGCUAAACUGCCCCGCACAUCGAAACAGCCAACAGAGAUGAACGAUCUCAUUGGUUUUAUCGAACAAACCGUGAUACAAGAGAAAGAAAAGAAGAAACUAGGCGUGAUGAUCGCACAAAAAAUGCUCGCCAAAAUCGCCAGGCUAAGAACGGUCGCUCAGACCUUGGCAUAUGAAAGUAGCAGACUUGCUGGUGAGCUGAAGGGCAAAGACGAGGCCCUUCAACAGAGCCUCACCUUGUUCAUCGACAAGCUCGAUACUAAAAACGCUAAAACCAGCGGCCUGAGAGCCGAACUGGACGCGUUAAAGGCCACCACGGUAGCACCAUGCCCAACUACAGCACAACAGUCUUCGUAUGCCGCUAAGGCGGAAAAGACGGCACCAAGGACAGCAACCGCGCCAGAGACCGUAAGCGCACCCCCAGCCAAGUCUAAGAAGACGGCGGAUAGGGACAAAAUAAAUAAGAGCAGGAAAAUAAAAGCGACAUUUCGCUUCCUCGUCGAGAUCCCGCAAGACAUGACAGUGGCAAGCGCGAAAGCCGGGGUCUGGCAGACUGUUAGGGCGAAAUGCAGCAACCCCAAGGAGAAAACCAUAGUUAGUGGUAAGUCACUAGUCAUUAUCCCUGAUGACGCCAAUACGUUGGAGGUGAUGAAGGACAUUGGCAACAUGAACGCGGAACUCGGAAUUACAGCUGAAGAUAUGGGCAACUCAGCUCCGCUCCACAAGCUGGGUCCACGCGACGGUGAUGUGGUCCACUGGGUGAUGGAAGUACCCCCAAGCGUACUAGCCAAGAUUGAGAAUAAGUCUCUAUAUGUAGGCAUGACCAGAUGCAGGUGCAAGGUGCAUAGCUCACUGCCACAGUGUUUUAACUGCCAACAGUACGGCCACACGGCAGCAAGAUGCGAGCAGAAGACGCCUUUGUGCAGGAACUGCGCGGGCGCACAUGACUCCCGUACUUGUAAGGAGGACGGGGUGAAGUGUGCGAACUGCAAGGGACCUCACAAGGCGUCGAGUGCAAUAUGUAAGGCCAGAAGUCAGGCAACGAGAAGCCUACUCAGGCGCACGGACUUUGGCCAGCAAUGA